CGGCCAGUCUGCUUGGGUGUUGGACAAUCCUAUGAACCAACACAAAUGCAUAGGCCUUUUGACUUCAACAAUUCGCCUUCCCCUCCAUAAUUUUACCUCCCAUUCUUUCAGCACAAAAUCAUUAACAGCAGAGUUCAAAAGCCUCUGCUCAAGAGGCCAUAUUAACGAAGGCUUCACCAACUUCACUUCUUUGAUAUGGUCAUAUCCACCUCUCUUUUCUGACCUCCUAAAAGCAUGCAUCCAAACCCAAUCUUUCUCCCUUGCCAAGCAACUCCAUUCUCUCAUCUUGACAGCUGGCUGCUUCAAGGAAAAGUUUGUAGUCAACCAUCUCCUCAAUGCGUACUCCAAAUUAGGCCGUUUGGACACCGCAGUGUCACUGUUCGAAAAUAUGCCCAACAGAAAUACUAUGUCGUUUAACAUUUUAAUUGGAGGGUUCAUCCAGAAUGGUGAUUUGGAUAGUGCGUUUAAGUUGUUUGAUGAAAUGGGCGAGAGGAAUUUAGCCACUUGGAAUGCGAUGAUCGUUGGUACGGUCCAGUUCGAGUUUAACGAAGAUGGGUUGAGUUUGUUUUCUAGAAUGCACAAGUUGGGAUUUUUACCUGAUGUAUUCACUCUUGGGAGUGUUUUGAGAGGGUGUGCUGGGUUGAAGGACUUGAAUAAGGGAAAGCAAGUUCAUGGAUAUGUGGUUAAGUCAGGUUUCGAGAUGAAUUUGAUUGUUGGAAGUUCGUUAGGUCAUAUGUAUAUGAGAUCAGGGAGCUUAAAGGAAGGGGAGAAAGUUAUUAGAUUGAUGCCGAUGCAUAGUGUGGCUGCUCUCAAUACACUUAUUGCAGGGAGGUCCCAAAAUGGGUGUUCAGAGGGUGCCUUGGAUAUUUACAACAUAAUGAGAAUGUCUGGGUUUAGGCCGGAUAAGAUCACAUUCGUGAGCGUGAUCAGUUCAUGUUCUGAGCUGGCCACACUUGGGCAGGGCCAGCAGAUUCAUGCUGAUGUCAUCAAAGUUGGCGCCCUUUCUGUCGUUCCUGUUGUUAGUUCAUUAGUUAGCAUGUACUCACGGAGUGGUUGUUUGGAUGAUGCUGUGAAGGUUUUUGAGGAAAGAGAGGGAGCUGAUCUUGUUUUGUGGAGUUCUAUAAUCGCUGCUUAUGGAUUUCAUGGUAGAGGAAAGGAAGCUGUGGAAUUGUUUGAUAGGAUGGAGCACGAAGGUUUGGAGCCGAAUGAUGUCACUUUCUUGAGUUUACUAUAUGCUUGUAGUCAUUGCGGAAUGAAAGAAAAGGGACUUGAGUUAUUCAAGGUGAUGGUGGAAAAGUAUGGACUGGAGCCUCGGUUAGAGCAUUAUACAUGUGUUGUGGAUCUACUUGGUAGAUCAGGCUGUUUAGACGAGGCAGAAGGCUAUGUUAGAUCAAUGCCAAUCAAGGCAGAUGCUGUUAUAUGGAAGACUUUGUUAUCAGCCUGUAAGAUUCAUAAAGAUUCAGAUAUGGCUAAAAGGAUAGGUGAAGAAGUUUUGAAAAUUGAUCCUCAAGAUUCUUCCUCCUAUGUUCUCCUUGCAAAUAUUCAGGCCUCUACUAGAAGAUGGAAGGAUGUUUCAGAGUUGCGAAAAGCAAUGAGAGAUCAAAAUGUGAAGAAGGAGCCAGGCAUAAGCUGGUUGGAGAUAAAGAACCAGAUUUAUCAGUUCAUUAUGGGUGAUAAAUCUCAUCCGCUGGCACAGGAGAUUGAGAAUUACUUGAAUGAACUGAUGGAAGAAAUAAGAAUAGAAGGUUAUGUGCCUGAUAUUGGCUCAGUGUUGCAUGACAUGGAUGUGGAGGAAAAGGAGUACAACCUAGUGCACCACAGUGAGAAGCUGGCAAUUGCUUUUGCUCUGAUGAACACUCCAAAGGGUUUUCCGAUCAGAGUGAUGAAGAAUUUGCGUGUAUGCAGCGAUUGUCAUGUUGCUAUCAAGUACAUAUCGAAGGUCAAAAACCGGGAAAUUAUUGUGCGAGAUAAUAGUAGGUUUCAUCAUUUCAAAAAUGGAUAUUGUUCUUGUGGAGAUUAUUGGUGAGGGGAACAGGUGUAACCUUUUUUCAUUCUUACUAGUUAGCGGUUACUUCCAUCAUCAUCAUUUUUCUUCUCGGACAGUAACCAUAUUAUUACAACUUACAUUAGAAAAAUCGAAAGUUUUGUGGGUUUUAGUUACCAUGAAGCCUUUUUUCUUCUCUGAAUGUAGCAAUAUUCCUACAAUA